CUUCGGAACUCGCGCGCCACCGCGCUUCGCCAUGGUGAAGCGGUGCUCACAUGGAGACGGUGCAAGUGCCCGGCGGGCGUGUGCCUCGGCUGCCUUCCCCGAAGCGCAGGCCCGAAAGACGGUCCAGGAGCAGAAGCCCCAAGCCUCCGCCGGAGGCCCGAGCAGAGGCGACCGACAAGAGGUCAGACCGCCUGUCCGGGCUGCAUCCUUCGCCCAACGAGGCCGCUCCUGGCGAGCGCGGCGAGUCGCUGCGCGAGCCGCUGCGCGAGCGCGAGCGCGGAGAACGCGGCGAGCGCAAGGAGCACGGCCGCGAGGCGGUGCCUGGCAGCACCGUGGCGGUGCGCGUGGAGGGCUUCCACGAGCCCGCGCUGGAUGGGUGGUACCGGAGACGCGACAACUGCGUGAUCAUCGGCGGUCCAGCCUUCUUCCACGAGAAAGAAGACGUGUCCACCUUCAUGUACAAACAAGCCUCGGGGCGCUGGGCCAUCUCGCCACUCAAAGUUGGUGACCAAGAUUUGCUUCGAGCCGCACAGGAAGGCCACGACCGCGGGGUUGCUUGCCAGAAGGCCGCCAAAGGCGCGCUGGAGCGGUGGCAAGAGUUCCACAACGGCCGCUGGGUGGACACGAAGCUGAUCGUUGAGACCUUCAACUUUGAGGAGUACGAGAAGCACGCGCGGCGGGCUCGGCGUGAGGAGCGAUCUGAACACCGUGAGCGACGCCCAGCGCCGCCUCCCAGGGAGGCCAGUGAGGCAGAAGUGCAGCGGAUGCUGCUGGUAGCUCAGCAGCGCGCCCGGCAUCAAGAGGUGGCCAGGCUUCCCAAACGGGAGGCGGUGGUUUCCGAGCCCGCACCGCCUCACAAGCUGGCGAAGGUGUCGGGCCUGCUGGCGAUGGCGGAGAAGCUGCACUCCCCCCCGCAGGUGGAGCCGCUUGCUGCACCACUGCCCCCGCGAUUGGAAAAGCCGCAGGCCGAGGCGCCUCCAAGGGCACACCUCCCCUGGGCUUCUGCUCGACCGGAUCCGCCGGCUCCGCGGGCUCCGCCGGCGCCUUCAUCGCCAAAAUCGCGCCGCGCCGUGCCGGAAGCGCUGCAGUUGGCCACCUCCAAGGCGCCUUCCGCGGCCCCGGCCUUAACCCCGGUGGUGCGGCCCUCGGCGCAUGAGGCCCGUCAGACAGCGCCGGCGGUUUCAAAUCAGCAGCCCUCGCCGACUUCGAAUCAGGCUCCCCGGACCCCGCCCAAGGCUCCGAGCGGAGGCCGCCGACCGCCGGAUGGCAAAGUCCAAUCCUUCCUGGAGAGGUUGGGUACCAAACCUGACAAUCCUCCGCCAGUGCGGAAGACAGAUUGGUGGUCAUCCGGGUGGGACUGGUCUGAGUCGCGGAGCUGGUCCGAAUCUGACUGGUCAGACAAGGACUGGUCGCGCGGAUGGUGGCAAGGCGAUCAGUGGAAGGAGUCGAAUCACUGGGACCAGGAGUGGGGCGCCUGGGAUCACAGGUGGUCUUCAGGAUCACGCUGGGACUGGGAGGCUGACCAAGAAAAGGAGAAGGAGAAGGAAAAAGAAAAGGACAAAGAGAAGGACAAGGAGAAGGACAAGGAGAAGGUGAAGAAGGAC